AUGUCGCUCCCCGAUUCUCUCCAGGCGUCUUCAUCUUCUCCGCCUGUGGCCCGCGAAGAAAGCGGGUAUAUUCGUUUCGAACACGGCCAAGAUAGCGGUUUUGAUCAUCGUGAUCGACCUCCAUGGAAUCGCUCCGAGUACGAUUACCGCAACGGCGGCAUUGUUGCAUCAGAGAACGCGAGGAACACUUCUAAUUCGGAAGAUCCUUGGUCUUGCGUUGUCGUCGUCGCUACUUUCUGUGUCUUCGUCUCGAUGACUUUGAUUCUGGGGCUUUACGGAACAACCAACGUAUGGUUGGGACCAAACUCCUCGUUCCUUAUCAAGCCAAAUACAUUGUUCGUCCAAAAUGUUAUUGUGGAAGAAUUAGGGAAUAAGGGAUCAGGUAUGAUGCUGUACGGAUUGAACCAAGCACCAGAACUCGAUGUUCUGUCCAAUUGGUCCGAAGUCCAUUAUUUAGCUGUGCCAAAUGAUUCUUACAAGUAUUGGAUACAGUAUUUGAACAAGGGGUCGCGCGUAAAAGUUUCAUACAACGUUGAAUCUGUGGGCUCUUCCCUCUAUCUGGUGAUAGCUCAAGGUGUGGAUGGGCUCUCUGAGUGGGUACAAGACCCUACGCGUCCAGACACUACACUAACAUGGCGUCUAAUCUCUGAUAGUGGUUUCAUUGAGCAGGACAUAACUAAGUCGUCGACUUAUUACGUUGCCGUAGGAAACGUAUACCUGAAUGAUGUCAAGGCGACAAUCGACAUUCAAGUUGAGGCAGUAUUGUAUGAUACUACAAAUGCUAACUACAAUUGCACUUUCCCCAACGACAAGUGCACUUUAAGGGUUCCAUUAUUUGGAACUACUGCUGCUGUACUAACCUCACCGGGUCCAAAGCUGAACAAUUCUAAGACUGAGUUCUGCGCAAAACUCUCGUACGAGCCAAGGUGGUUUGCCUACAUCGUUUGCAUGGGUGUAGUGACAGUGAUCUUAUUGAUCGUCUCUGGUCUCUACAACACAAGACAACGAGUCUCUGAAGACGAAAACGUUGAUGAAAGUGAUGAUGUAGCUCCUCUCAUUCCGGGAAAAGACGAUGAUAACUCGAGCUGGUGCUCCUCAUACAGUUCUAUCUUGACAAGUACUGAGGAACUGGAAGGUGGACACGGUGAAGGCCACAGUAGCACAAGAUAUCUCUGUGCGAUUUGCUUUGAUGCGCCUAGAGACUGUUUCUUCCUCUCUUGUGGACACUGCGUUGCUUGCUUCCAGUGCGGAACACGGAUAGCUGAAACUUCCGGGUUUUGCCCGGUAUGCCGUAGGAAGAUCAGGAAGCCAUUUGUCCCUUACUCUCGGCGAGCAGAUCUUCUUCGAGGAGCCUGCGUGCUUGUUUUUUUCAUCCGUCUUCUUCGUCUAACUCUAGAUCUUGAAAGGCUUGAGAGGUUGAAGCAGUCGACACCUGGAACAAUGAUGUCCUUCGAAAUGAAUGACCGGAAAAAAAUCGGGUUAGGGCUGACAGGAUUUGGCGUAUUCUUCUCGUUUUUGGGAAUAGUCUUUGUCUUCGACAAGGGAUUACUUGCCAUGGGAAAUAUCCUUUUCAUCUCUGGGGUUAGUCUAACCAUUGGCCUCAAGUCUACCAUGCAGUUUUUCAUGAAACGUCAAAACUAUAGGGGAACCAUAUCUUUUGGGGUUGGCUUCUUCUUUGUAAUCAUUGGAUGGCCAAUCCUGGGAAUGAUGCUGGAGACCUAUGGCUUUUUUGUACUCUUCAGUGGCUUCUGGCCAACCUUGGCAGUUUUCGCACAAAAGAUACCCAUUCUUGGAUGGAUCAUUCAGCAACCUUAUAUCAGAUCUUUCUUUGACAAGUACCGGGGCAAGCGUGUGCCAGUCUAG